AUGGGGGCUCGCGUUCUGCCAGCGCCUUCUCCAGGUUUGGCCGCCCCGCUCCCUGCUCUGCGCCACCUCUUGGCCCCGAGCGGGGCGCCUGGCACCGAGGGCUGCCAAACCGUAUUAGAUGCCCGGGAGGAGGUGAGGCGCACCUACCCUGCGGCGUCGGAAAAGCGCUUCAGGAAACGUUCGGGUUACACAAGUCAGUGCGCUCAGCGCAAGCCUUGCGCCUUUUGGCCUCUUGGAGCCCAGGGGUUAGUCUGCCUCAAUGAAGCUACCGGGGAUGGAGACGAGGGCGCGGAGGGGAACGCCGCGGCUCCGGCGCUGGAAUUUACCGCCCGCAGUGGAGGAGGAGGCCGGGUGGCCAAUAUAACCUCGUCUCCCUGUUUGAUCUGA